AUGUCACCGACUGCAAAUGAGAACGUUGCAACUGGUGGCGCUACUCAUGGGACGAAUGGUGCAGGAUGUCCAUCCUCCUGCCCUACAUUUCAACCCAUUGCCAUAGUUGGAAUGGCGAUAAGAUUGCCAGGAGGAGUGAGGUCCGUGGACGACCUCUGGAAUUUCCUUAUUGAUAAGAAGGAUGCGAGAUCGGUGGUGCCGAAAGACCGCUACAACAUAGAUGCCUUCUACAGCGAGCGAGGUAUGCCGGGUUCUGUCAACUGCAAGCACGGGUAUUUUCUGCAGGAAGACUUGGGAUGCUGGGAUGCGGGCUUGUUCUCGGCGAGCAAGUUAGAGGCAGGCUCGCUGGACCCCCAGCAGAGGCUUUUGCUAGAAGUGGUAUGGGAGUGCCUGGAAAGCGCUGGCCAGACUCAAUGGCGCGGGAAGGAUAUCGGCUGCUUUGUAGGGACCUUUGGAGAAGACUGGCUGAACCUGAUGAAUCGGGACCCGCAAUUGCAGGAUGUCCACCAACUCCCUGGGACCGGUGAUUGGGCUUUAGCAAACCGCGUGUCGUACGAGUUCGAUUUCAAGGGACCAAGUACGACUGUUAAAACGGCCUGCUCUUCCUCCUUGGUGGCUCUGCAUCAAGCGUGCCAGGCAAUACAGAUGGGCGAAUGCUCUGCGGCGGUCGUGGGGGCCGCCAAUCUGAUUCUAUCCCCGAUUCUUUCAACGACUAUGUCAGCGAUCGGCGUCCUUGCUCCCGAUGGCAUAUGCAAGACAUUCGAUGAUGGCGCGAACGGCUAUGCACGGGGCGAAGCGAUCAGUGCCAUCUACAUCAAGAGCCUCGACGCUGCCUUGAGGGACAAUGAUCCUAUCCGGGCGGUGAUCCGCGGAUCGGCCUCCAAUUACGACGGCAAGACUUCGGGCCUCACAUAUCCCAGCAUCACCAGCCAUGAGGCUAUGAUCCGUCAGGCGUACCAAGCGGCUGGGAUCGGGAGCCUCUCAGAUACCUGCUUCGUUCAGUGUCACGGUACUGGCACCGCGGUGGGCGACCCCGUUGAGACUACCGCGAUUGCUAAUGCCUUUGGCGGCAAGCAAGAUAUUUUCAUUGGUUCGGUGAAGCCGAACUUCGGUCAUUCUGAAGGCGCAUCUGGUCUCACCAACAUCAUGGCGGCCAUUCUAGCUCUGCAGCAUAAGGUGAUACCGCCGAACAUCCACUUUGAAAAACCCAACCGCCUUAUUCCUUUUGAGGACGGGAAGCUCCGUGUCGCUUUGGACCCGAUGCCCUGGCCUCAAGGCCGCCCUGAGAGGGUCAGUGUGAGCUCCUUUGGUGUGGGAGGCUCCAACGCCCAUCUCGUGCUCGAGUCGGCAGCUUCCUUUGUCCAAACGGACGGAUGCCCGCGUCAGUUAACCGGAGCCGACCAGACGAGAUUGCUCUUAUUCACCGCGAACACGGCGGAUUCUCUCGUAAAGAGAGUCGAGGCUGUGCGGCAAUACUGGGAGACGAGACUGGACUGUCUACAAGAUCUGGCGUACACUCUGGGUGACCGUCGGGAACAUCUUCAGUAUCGCACGUUUAGCGUCGCCCGGAAACACCAGUGGCUUGAGGCACUGCCACCCUGCAAGAGCCGUCUAUCGCCCUCUUCCCUCAUAUUCGUCUUUACCGGCCAAGGCGCCCAGUGGCCUGGCAUGGGUGCGAGCCUCAUGGAACAAUUCCCAAGCUUCCGCGAGGACAUCCGAAGACUCGACAAGAUAUUACAGGCUCUGGACCGACCUCCUAGCUGGAGAUUGGAAGAAGAGCUCUCCAAGGACGCCAGUUCAUCAAGGGUCUAUGACACGGUACUCGCGCAUCCACUCUGUACCGCUGUGCAGCUUGGACUAGUCAACCUUCUGUCCCAGUGGAAUAUCCGCCCCUCGGCAGUAGUGGGGCAUUCAGGAGGAGAGACCGCAGCAGCUUACGCGGCUGAUGCUAUCACAAUGAACGCCGCGAUCCUUAUUGCCUUUCAGCGCGGCCAGGUUAGUGAGCAGAUAUCUCUUGAUGGUGCAAUGGCAGCGGUGGCUUUGGGAAAAGAAGAGAUUUUGCCGUACCUUGUCGAGGGGGUAGUCAUUGCGUGUGAGAAUAGCCACCAAAGUACGACUAUUUCAGGGGAUGCAAGCGCGGUAGAUGAGGCGAUGGCGAAGAUUCAAAUGGCGCAUCCGGAAAAGCUUUGCAGAAAGCUUCGUGUGGACCGAGCCUACCAUUCCCAUCAUCUGAAAUCCGUGGGAGGUCUAUACGAGUCGCUACUGUCUUCUUCCGUGGUGAGCAUAACACCCAGCAUUCCAUUUUACUCCUCGGUGACGGGAACCCUCCUUUCCAGCUCCACCGCGUUGGACGCGCGGUAUUGGAGGCAGAACUAUGAGUCUCCGGUCCUGUUUAAUUCAGCCGUUGAGGCGAUUCUCGGCAGCGGUUCGAACCGGAAAGUCUUCGUGGAAAUCGGCCCCCACUCGGCACUGGCGGGCCCUCUGCGGCAAAUAUUUCAACAAGGUGGUGCUGGCUCCGAAGCAGUCUAUGUUCCCACCGUGAUAAGACAGGAAGAGGCAAGACCAUGUCUGCUGACUACCGCCGGACACCUAUUCUUAGAGAAUGUGCCGAUCAACCUGAUCGCUAUCAACGGGCAGGGGAAAGUCCUCGCCGAUAUUCCCUCAUAUCCCUGGGACCAUGACUCAAGUUUCUGGAACGAGAGCCGACUCACGCGAGAUUGGAGACUGCGUCGGUUUGGUCACCAUGAACUUCUUGGUGCACGCGUGCCCGAGUCUACGGAGUCGGAGCCCCUGUGGAGGAACGUCCUUCGACUCGAGAACGUUCCUUGGAUCAGGGACCACUCAGUUGGGGGAAAGCCAAGCUUCCCAGCUGCCGGCUACGUCGCUAGCAUCGGAGAGGCAAUCCGUCAGAUUACCGGAUGCCGGAGCUAUAUCAUCCGGCGCCUUGUGAUGCAUGCUGGAUUGAUUGUGCAAGAUUCCAACCCAACAGAGAUCAUCACCACGCUCCGAGCGGGACGCCUGACCGAUCGACGGAGCUCCGAGUGGUAUGACUUUACCAUCUCUUCCUACAAUGGCAGUGCUUGGACUAAGCACUGUAUCGGCCAAGCCCGGGCUGCGGCGUCUACCACUCCGGCGGGGGCUCUUGAGACUGGGCCACUCGGCCGGCGGAUUCAGGCGGAUGCGUGGUAUUCUGGAUUGGCAAAGCUUGGUCUCGAAUAUGGACCGUAUUUUCGCGGACUGGAGAAGAUCUCAACUGUUCCGAGUGGCGGAAAAGCAACUGCAUGCUUAAAGCCUGGACAGCAGUUUCCCGCGGAGCACUACACUGUUCAUCCAGCGCUGAUUGAUCAGAUCUUCCAGGUGGUAAUAGUUGCCCAAAAAGGUGGUGCGAUCCGUAAAAUGGGAAAGAUACCAAUACCGGAAAUCGUUGAGCAAAUUGAGAUACACCCCCCUGAAAAUGAGGAGCUGUCUUUCUCAGUGGAAGCUUCUAGCCGAGAGAAUGCCGCAGGCAAAUUGUUUGCACAGGUGUGGGCGGUGUCAGGCAGCAGAUCGGUCGUCUCUGUGCAGCAGGUGAGACUUGUUCCUCUGGACGUAGUCGAUCAUCUUGCUACCGAUGCUCUCAGAAUCUCGCAACUGGAAUGGAAGCCGGAUAUUGACUUCCUUCCAGCGCAAGAUUUCAUUCAUUGCGUCUCUUGUAUGCAAGAGAGGACGCUACUCGCAUGUAAGACUGCAGAAACGCUGAGCCUCCUUUGCAUCUUGGAAAGCGCCGAGAAAGCGAAGAGGGUGAAUACCAAUGACAAAUUCUCGCCUCAUCUGGAUAAGUUCCGAGAUUGGCUUGACUAUGAGUCGUCGAGGAUCCGAAAUGGACAGAGUGUGAUACCGGAUGCUUGUGAAUUGGCCCGCCUUGAGUCGCCCGCACGGCUGCGACUCAUCAGACAUACCACCUGUCAAGUUCUUGCGGCCGAUCCAAAGUCAGAGGUCAGGACACUAUGUGAACCAAUCAUCCGGGUAUUCGAAAACUGUCAAGGCAUACUGCACGGCUCGGUCGAUCCGCUCCAGGUUCUCAUAGAGGGUGGCUGCCUGACGGACCUCUAUACCACCAUGCAAGCGCCGUGGGAGCUGAACGAUUAUUUGGCUUCGCUAAGCUACUCCAAACCCACGUUGCGAGUUUUAGAAAUCGGGGCGGGCACAGGAGGAACCACGCAAGCUGUACUCAAAGGCUUGAUCUCUCCCACUGGACGUCGCCAGUACUCGGUGUACACAUAUACUGACGUCUCCGCGGGAUUUUUCGAGGCUGCGCGGGAUCGAUUUCAGCAAUACGAGUCGAUUGAAUUUGCAACCCUCGAUAUCAGCAAAGAUCCUCACCAGCAAGGGUUUGAAUCUGAGCCUUAUGACCUUAUUAUUGCAGCAAACGUGUUGCACGCAACUCCAAGUCUCCAGGAUACUCUUCGAAAUGUGAAAAAGCUCCUGACCCCUGGAGGCCGCCUCCUCUUAAUGGAGAUCUGCUCACAGAUGCGCAUGAGUAAUUUCAUCAUGGGUGUCCUCCCUGGCUGGUGGGUCGGAGAAGCGGAUGGACGCCAAGAGCAGCCGUUUGUCUUGCCUGAACGCUGGGACAGCGAGCUCAGAGCAGCAGGAUUCACGGGCACUGAUUCCGUGGUUUACGAUAAUGCUCCGCCAUUUCAAGUUAGCGCUUACAUGACCUCGCGCAACCUUUGUAAUGACUCUCAUCCCAAAGACGUUACUCUGGUCGUCUCAGUCGAGCACAGCAGCGAUGCGCACAACCUCGAAGCACAUUUGCUUGAAUCGGGUUAUCGGGUCAACAGAUCAACAUUGGACAACAUUCAGAAUGUUGAAGGAGUUGUAAUAUUCCUCCUGGAUCUGGAGGGCCCUUUCUUUCACAGCAUCACACCCCAGAAGUGGAUAGCUUUCCGAGAAUACCUCUCCCAAGCGACAUCCAGUGCAACAAUCUGGGUAACGCGGCCGUCGCAGAUGAAAUGUGAUGAUCCACGAUUCUCGUUGGUUCUGGGUCUUGCUCGGACAGUCCGGCAGGAACUGGCACAUGACUUUGUAACUUUCGAGGUCGAUACACUGGAUGAGAAUGCUUGCCAUGCAUUGCGCCAGGUAUAUGAGAAGUUUCAAAAGCAGAAGCAGUCCAACGACAUGAUUGAAUAUGAGUAUUCGUACAUCAAUAACAGUAUCCAUAUCAGCCGAUACGAGUGGUUCCCAGCAAUUGAAAAAUUACGCUCACACUCGACAGAGCCGGUCUACAAAUCGCUUGAUAUUGAGCAAUAUGGCGUAUUGGAGACGUUAUCCUGGAGUGAGCACAAGAGACGACAACCGACAGCAGGUCAAGUGGAGGUGGAGCUCCAUUUUGCCGGUUUAAAUUUCAAGGACAUCGCAGAAUCUCUAGGAAUGAUUGAUCAGAGAACACGGAGGUUGGGAUGGGAAGGGGCAGGAAUUGUGACUCAGGUUGGCCCUAACGUGGAGAGUCUCUGCGUUGGCGAUCGAGUGAUGGUUCUCGAACACGGAUGCUUCGCCACAAGCGCUGUUGUGUCUGAGCAGCUAUGCGUACGCAUACCGGAGAAAUUGCCCUUCGAGGAGGCCGCCACGAUGCCAUCUGUGUAUACCACCGUGAUCCAAUCACUCCUGGAGAUUGGACACCUAAAAACUGGCCAGUCAGUAUUGAUCCAUUCGGCCUGCGGAGGCGUCGGCCUAGCAGCUGUCCAGGUCUGCCAGAUGAUGGGGUCCGUGAUCUAUGCCACCGUCGGAAGUGACGAGAAGGCCGAAUUCUUGGCUACAACUUUCCAGAUUCCUAGAAGACACAUUUUCAACUCCAGAAACACGUCAUUCCAGCGCGAGCUCAUGAAGGAAACAGACGGUAAGGGGGCUGACAUUGUCUUGAACUCAUUGUCUGGUGAGCUUCUCCAUGCUUCAUGGCAGUGCGUUGCCGAGCACGGGAAGUUCAUUGAGCUCGGGAAGGUUGAUAUUGAGAGCAAUGGCAUGUUGAAUCUGAACAUGUUCAGACGUAAUCGUGCAUUUAUCGCUGUCGAUAUGGAAGACGUCGUAAUACAGAAACCGAGCGAGAUCAGAAGUCUGCUGCAGAAAUGUGUUGACCUUUUCCAGCAAGGCCAGAUCAGGCCGAUCUGGCCAAGGAGGAUCUUUCAGGCUGAAAACGCAGAAGAUGCAUUCCGCUACAUGCGGUCAGGCAAACACAUUGGCAAAAUACUUAUACAGAUGCCUGAUAGGCAAGAUGAGCUGCCGGUAAGGAGAUGCGUUCAAGGAGCUUCCUUCUCUCCACAGUCGUCGUAUCUGCUGGUGGGGGGUCUAGGCGGGCUGGGCAAGAGUAUCUCAAGCUGGAUGGUUGAGAACGGCGCUCGCGAACUAACCUUCCUAUCCCCUUUUGCUGGAAAAACGGAAGAUGAUCAAGUCUUUCUGCAAGAGCUAGAGUCCCAGGGCUGCCGUGCGACUGCAGUUUCUGGAGAUGUCGCCAAGAUGGAGGACGUUCAGAAAGCGGUUGCUGCUUGUACAGCGCCACUCGCAGGCGUGAUUCAGCUAUCAAUGGUCUUGAGAGAUCAUCCCAUUUCCCUCAUGUCGUAUCGCGACUGGAUGGAGGUGUUAGGGCCCAAGGUGAUCGGGACCUGGAUUCUACAUCACGCGCUCGAAUCAGUCCCGCUCGACUUUUUCGUCGUUACCGGUUCUCUCGCUGGAACGAUUGGUAACAAGGGCCAAGCAAACUACGCAGCAGCUAAUACCUUCCUGGAUUCAUUCUCACUAUAUCGACGUUCUCGGGGACUUCCAGCGUCAGUGAUAGAUAUUGGUGCGGUAGAGGACAUCGGGUACCUCAGCAAAAAUCCUGGGCCUGGUAAACAUUACUGGGAGUCUGGUGUACGUUGGCUGAGUGAGCAAGAUAUAAUUGACGCGAUCCAAGGGGCAGUUAUUAUUUCUCCCACGACCCACAUUUCCGAGGUUGGGAUCACCAACCCGGGCCAUUUUGCCCUCGGACUUGUCUCCGGACGACGAUCUGCACGGGUUGGAGACACAGAUCCAUUUUUGAAAGAUACCCGCUUGCUUCGGUUGGGGGUCCUGGAAGCUCCCUCAACUGAUAAGGGAGACAUCAUGGUAACCGACAGCAUGGGAGAUUUUCUCUCUUCAGUAGCUGUCAAACCGACCAUCCUUGAUGAGCCAGAAACACUUGCGUUCCUUACACGACAAGUCUCGUCCAAAAUCGGCUCCCUUUUGCUGCUCCCACAAGACGAGCUGGACGUAGACAGAUCACUGUCAUCGCUGGGAGUCGAUUCGUUGACGAGGAUCGAGAUAAGGAAUUGGUGGAAGACACAUCUUCAGUUGGAUGUCAAUGUCUUCGAAAUCACCGGAGCCGAGACAGUGGCAAGACUGUCGCAGGCUGCCCUCGAGAGACUUCGGGAGAAAUUCCCUGGUUAG